AUGGGCAGGGCUACCAUUGGGCGGACCAAGAAGCAGCGGCAUGAUCCGCUGCUGCAGGAUCUUGCCUCGCAACACGGCAAGUUGAGAAAGCAGGCCAACGCACAGACCGAGGAAACUGAGGAGCAGGACGAAGAAUACGUAGAUGCACAGGCAUCGCGGAAGAUUCUACAGCUUGCCCGUGAACAGCAGGAGGAGCUGGAAGAGGAAGACCAAGCGCGCGCCCAGUCUGAAACGAUGAAUCGGUUCCGUGUAGCCGACUACGGGCUGGCAAAAGACUCGGAUGAAGAGGAGAUGGCGGAGGAGAUCUCUGACUUCGAGCCGGAAGAGGAGCUAGAGGAAGAAGUGGUGGAGAUCGAUGAGGAGGACGCGGCGAUGUUCGAACAGUACUUCAAGAGGUCUUCUGACUUCAACUCGGCUAACGGGACCUAUAUUCUCGCAGACAAAAUCAUGGCUGCCAUUCGCGAGAAGGAGAUGGAGAUGAAAGUCAAGGCACAAGCUGCGCAAGCAGGCGACGCGGGGAUGCCCAGCGAAGGUGUCGCACUGCCUGAAAGGGUCAUAAGGGCAUACACCACGGUCGGGAGCAUCCUGAAGACGUGGACGCAUGGGAAGCUGCCAAAGCUGUUUAAGGUGAUUCCUUCUUUGAAUAACUGGGAAGACGUGCUAUAUGUCACUAACCCAGAGGCAUGGUCGCCACAUGUGGUAUACGAGGCGACGAAGCUCUUUGUGUCUAACUUAUCGGCAAAGGGCGCACAGAAAUUCAUUAACAUGGUGCUAUUAGAACGCUUCAGAGAGAAUAUCGAAACCUCGGAGGACCAUUCGUUGAACUACCACAUAUACCGGGCGCUAAAGAAAUCGCUAUACAAGCCUGCGGCAUUCUUCAAAGGGUUUCUCUUUCCCCUCGUGGAGACCGGGUGCAAUGUUCGCGAGGCCACUAUCGCAGCCAGUGUGCUCGCAAGAGUCUCCGUCCCAGCUCUGCAUUCCUCUGCUGCGUUGACGUAUCUGCUUCGGUUACCGUUCAACCCUGCUACGACGGUGUUCAUAAAGGUGCUGCUCGAAAAGAAGUAUGCAUUGCCCUACCAGACAGUGGAUGAAUGUGUGUUCUAUUUCAUGCGGUUCCGUGCUGUCGACGACGGUAGCACGGGCGAGGAUGCCACUAGAGUUCUGCCCGUGGUUUGGCACAAGGCGUUCUUGUCCUUUGCACAACGUUACAAGAACGACAUAACCCAGGACCAGAGAGACUUCCUGCUCGAGACUGUCCGUCAAAGGGGUCACAGGGAUAUUGGCCCGGAAAUUAGGAGAGAACUCUUAGCCGGCAAGAGCAGAGAAUUCGUCAGUGAUGUUGGGAACACGGCUGAUUUGAUGAUUGACGUCCAAUAG